GUGACGUCACUUCCGUCAUUUAAACAUGGCGGAGAACACGGAGCGGUGACUGAGCCCUGAUAUUUUGAUUCUUUCUGACACAAAAAUAAGAAAUACAGCUUCAUGAAACGACCCUUCAAGCUGUGACAACAAUUUCCGUGUCUUCUGUGAAUCUUCAAAGCGUGGCACCAUGAGCAGCAGGAGGAAGCGUGCUCCUCCGGUGAGGGUGGACGAGGAGGCGAAGAAGAGGCUCGAAUGGAACAUGCUUGAGGACCGGAAAAACGAAGUCAGUUUGGAAGAUGAUCCAGAACACAUCCCAACCUGCUCCAGCUUUAUCCAACAGGCUCCAGCCAGUGAAGCUAAACAUGAAACUGCAGCUUGUGUCAGUGUUAAACUUACUGAGGAGUCACCAGGUACAUCCAUAGACACUCCGCCCUCUCCUGUUGUAUCUGUGAAAGUAAUACCAUGGACUCACCAUGGGCCCAUAUGGAAAGCCUUAAUAGGAGAGUUCACUGUUCAGCCAAAAUGGCUUCCUUCAAACUUUGAACAGAGAACGUUCUUGCUCCAAAGGAAAGAUCAGCUGUUUUAUUUAAGUUACAGAAGAAAUAAUGGUUCUGACGAGGACUCAGGGGCUCAGAGUGAGUCCAAAGAGGACACGAUCAAAGCAGAGUGCAGUUUGAGCAAGAUUUCACUGAGGGAUGUGGACUGGCUUCUUCAGAGGAGAGUGGUUCAGCUCUGUCACCAACCACAAGAAGACGCAUAUAAGGUGGGAAUCUACUUAUUGGAGGCUGGUCUUGGGAAGCCUGAGUUUCUGAGUGAAGGAAUGACUCGUUUGAAAAAAGCAAAUCAGAUUUUUCAGAAGAUGAUGGAAUACUUCUAUGACUUUAUUAUACCAGAAGUAGUUGAUAAUGAGGAGGAGGAGUGUGACACAGAGCUGGAGAGACAGAACAUUGAGGAGUUAUACGAUUAUGUCCGGCGCGUUCAUCAGAGAGAGGGGGAAGUGCUGAGCUUCCAAGCCCAGCACAAGGCUCUGAUACCAGUGCUGAGGCCGUACCAGUGUCAGGCUGUCAACUGGAUGUUAAAGAGAGAGAAGGCCAACAGCUCCUCACCCAAAGAACCAGGGCUGCAUCACCUUUGGCACGAGCUGGUGACUCUGUGUGGAAAAAAGCUGUUUUACAACCCAUACACGGGCUGUCUGAUCCGUGAGUUCCCUCUGGCUGGAGUGGACUGGCCUGGGGGGAUCCUGGCCGAUGAGAUGGGACUCGGAAAAACAGUGGAGGUUUUGGCUCUGAUUCUGUGUAACCCUCGACCCAACCUGCAGCAGGAGGCCUACACACUGCCUGAAGGGCAGUCGGUGAACUACUUUGUGCCUCCUCCUCCAGAGAAGAAUAAAGUUCCUCCACGAAAGUCUGAAGUGUCUCAACCAAAAGCAAAAAUCAACUUCCCACCUGUGCGUUCGAUGUUGCUAAUGGCGAUGAAGCAGAUGGACAAAGGCAAAGGUGUGUCCCUGCCCUCCAUGUUUUCAUACAUGCGCAGUUGCUGUGGUUAUGACCCCGUGAAGAACCGGAACCACAUCAAGAGAACCAUGAAGAAACUGCUGGACGAGAAGAAGGUCAAGCAGGUCAAAGGUCGCGGCAUGAUGGGCUCCUUCAAACUCGGAUUCAACUUCACUGGAACUCAAGAGAAGCUGCUCACGCCAGCUAAGAUGCUUCCUAAAACUCCAGAGUCUUCGCCUCGAAAGUCCUUUCAGAGACGAGCGAAGGACAAAGCGGAGGUGGCACUCCAAAACGCUCUGACCGAAGACGACAAGGAUCCCGACACAUUACUGUCCUCCCUCUCCAAUGUCUCCACAGAAACCAAGAAGGAAUAUGAGGAAAACGCAUCUGAAAACUUGGAUGAUUCAAAUGACCCUUUUAACAUCUCAACCUCGUCCCAAACAUCUCAGGACAGAAACAAGGUAGAUUCAAAAGACAAAAUGGAUCAGAAACAGGAAGAAAAAGUUGAAAUGGCCCAAACUAUUCCCCAGGAAGACACGGAUCUGCCCAAACGAGCGUCUGUUUGUCCAUUUAACACUUCAGAUUACCGUUUUGAGUGCAUCUGUGGAGAGCUGGGGAUCAUAGAUUACAAACCGCGGGUGCAGUGUAUGAACUGUGACCUCUGGCAGCACGCAGACUGUGUGAACUACAAACAGGCAAGUCUGGAGACCACGCCCUUCUUCUGCCCACACUGCCUGGUCGCCAUGACGCCCGUGCCCACCGGCGCCACCCUCAUCAUAUCACCCAGCUCCAUCUGUCACCAGUGGGUGGAGGAGAUCAACAAGCACAUCCGCUCCUCCUCCCUCAGAGUCCUGGUGUACCAGGGCGUAAAACGGCACGGCUUCCUGCAGCCUCAGAUGUUGGCGGAGCAGGACGUUGUCAUGACGACAUACGAUGUGUUGCGCUCAGAACUGAACUACGUGGACCUGCCCCAUAGCAACAGUGAGGAUGGACGCCGGUUCAGAAGCCAGAAGAGGUACAUGGCCGUGCCCAGCCCCCUGGUGGCCGUGGAGUGGUGGCGCAUUUGCCUGGACGAGGCGCAGAUGGUGGAGUGCGUCACAGCAAAGGCUGCGGAAAUGGCUCUGCGUUUGGCAUCUGUGAACCGAUGGUGCGUCAGUGGAACUCCUGUUCAGAGAGGCUUAGAAGACCUGUACGGGCUGGUGCUUUUCCUCAGACUGGACCCGUUCUGGGUGAAGCGUUGGUGGGAGCAGCUGUUGUACCGCCCCUAUCGCCGUGGUAACACCGCUCCUCUGUACAGCGUGGUCAGUCAGGUCCUGUGGAGGUCGGCUAAGAAGGAUGUCAUCGACCAGAUUCAGAUUCCGGCUCAGACUGAGGAGGUGCACUGGCUGACCUUCUCUCCAGUUGAAGGACACUUUUACCACAGACAGCACGAGGUCUGCUCCCAGGAUGCACUGCUUCGGCUCAGGAAGAUCUCGGACUGGAGUCUGAAGCUCGGAGUUCUGGACCGUCGCACUGUCCACACAAUCCUGGGACCUCUGCUCAGGCUGAGACAGGCGUGCUGCCACCCACAGGCAGUCAGGGGCGAGUUCCUCCCCCUGCAGAAGAGUACUAUGACGAUGGAGGAGCUUCUCAAGUCCCUGCAGAAGAAAUGUCGUUCUGAGUGCGAGGAGGCCCACAGACAAUUGGUGUGUGCUCUCAACGGUUUAGCAGGAAUCCACAUUAUCAGAGGUGAGUUUGCAGAAGGAGCAGAGAUGUACAGAGAAGUGCUACGGUCAUCAGAGGAGCACAAAGGCAAACUCAAAACAGACUCUCUGCAGAGACUUCAUGCCACUCACAAUCUGAUGGAGCUACUGAAUGCCAAACACCCGGGCAUCCCUCCAACUCUGAGGGACGACAAACUCAGUGAAGAGGCUGAGCAGCUUCGGCAGCACUACAUGACCAAGUACAAUUCUGAAGUGGCCGACGCAUUUAACGCUUUGCAGCCCGUUCUACAGAACAUCAAGGAACUCAAACGCAAAGUGAAGCUAAACUCCCCCUGGUGGCUUGACGUGGUACAGAAAGCAGUCCGCAGCAGCUCAGAGGAUGAACUGAUAACACGAGUCAAAAAUGAACUGACCUCAAACUACAAACAGCCGAUUAACAAGCUCUCCAUGGCCGACAAGUUCCGAGAUGCCAGUGGUCUGCAGUUCAUUCUCAGCACUAAACUUCAGGAGUUAUUAAAAUCUCAGAAAACGGUUCAGGAGGCAGUGAAGAGGCUGGAGGGACCGGUGUCUCAAGAAGUCAUCGAUGAAGCGACCGUCUGCCACCUGAGACCCAACAGACUGCCACUCAACAAUUGUGUGUUUUGCAAAGCAGAUGAACUUUUCAACGAUUAUGAAUCCAAGCUGUUUUCCCACACUGUGAAGGGUCAGACGGCGAUCUUUGAGGAGAUGAUCGAGGAGGAGGAGGGGCUGGUAGACGAUCGUCUACCCACGACGAGCCGUGGUCUGUGGGCAACGAGUGAGACGGAGCGCGCCCUCAAAGCCAUCCUCGCUUACGCCAAGUCCCGACGCCUGGACCUGGGGCUGCUGGAGGAGGGCACCACUUUCAUGGAGCUCUUUGAGAACUGGAAGAAAGAGUACAAGGUGCUUCACGAGUACUUGGGGCGUCUUGAGGAACCAUGGUCCGCAAUCGAUGAGCUGGGGAUGGCCACAGAGAGGACUCAGAGUGAGACUCCCAGACGAGGAAACCCCAAACUACUGCACAUCAUAGAGCCUCAUGAGGUGGAGCAGAACCGAGUGAAGCUCCUGAACGACCAGGCCAUGGCCAAAUCUCAGCUCCAGAAGAAACUGGGACAGCAGCUGUACCUCAACAACCUCGAGAAGUCCCAGGACAAGUCAACAGGAGGCCUCAACCCAGAGCCUUGCCCCAUCUGUGCCCGAGCACUGGGUCAAGAGUGGGCAGUGCUGACCUGUGGGCACUGCUUCUGUAACGAAUGCAUUGCCAUCAUGGUGGAGCAGUACAGUGUGGGUGCGAGAAACAGAGCCAUCAAAUGUGCCAUCUGCAGACAGCCCACCUGCCACUCAGAGAUCUCCUAUGUGUUCACCGCCCAAGACAACAGCCUCGACCAGGAAGUGCCAGUCAGGGGGAGCCACUCGACUAAAGUCGAGGCCGUCAUCCGAACUCUAAAGAAGAUUCAGAUGAGUGACACUGGGGCCAAGUGUCUCGUCUUCUCCACGUGGCAGAGUGUGUUGGACAUCAUCGCCAAAGCCCUGUUUGAUAACAACAUGGAGUUCACACAGAUCAAUGGAACUCACAAGUUUCAGGAAAACCUGAGCUCAUUCAAACACGAUGCUCAGAUAAACAUUCUGCUCUUGCCUCUGCACACCGGCUCAAACGGCUUAAACAUCAUCGAAGCCACUCAUGUGUUACUGGUGGAGCCCAUCCUCAACCCAGCCAUCGAGCUGCAGGCCAUCGGCAGAGUGCACCGCAUAGGACAGACCAAGCCCACAUUCGUCCACAGAUUCCUGAUCAAAUCCACAAUAGAAGAGAGGAUGCAGACGAUGAUGAAAACGGCUGAGAAAAGCCACAGCAGCAGCACCUCCAUAAAGCACUCUGAGGCAUCGGUCCUGACCGUGGCUGACCUAGCAGAGCUGUUCACAGAGGACAGUGGACCUCUGGAGUGAAACAGGACUUUUACUAUGGACAAACCACUGCACAAAUAUCAUCUACACAAGUUAAAGCUCCACUUUGUCACUUUUCUGGUGGCGUAUGGCAUUGAACUUCUCUAUCUCUAUGGAAACAAGCAGGUGGUGCGAAAGGCUAAGUUACCAGCCAGAUCUAUGGUGAGGUGUCCCCGCUCACAAUAAGAAUGCAUGUUUUUCAAGGUAUUUUGAGCAAUAAAAACACCUCUAACUGAAUAAAAGAAAUAUUGAUAAGUUUAAUGCCACACUGGGGGACAUGUCCAUGUACAGGCAAAAUCCACUCCCUCUCUACAAAUUGUAAACUAAUACAUUCCACCUUUUAUAUAUGAAAUGACAUGGACAGAGUGGCAAAAUCUCCUAGAUGCCCUCCCAUCCUCCUACAUCCCUGUGUGUAAGAUGCCCACCCAUCCUCCUGUGUUUGUAAAUUCAGGUGUAUGAAACUAUGUUAGUAUUUUUGUAUUUAAUUUUAAUGAAGGUUGUGGUUCUUUAUCAAAUGAAACACGUGUUCUUGUUAACUCAGUUUAAAGUUGUGAGGUUAAAUAGUGACUUAUUUUUAAACCAAUUAAAUAAAAAAAAUGUUGUAAAUUGUCAUUCCAUGUGCUUGUUGGGGGUGUGAUGCUAACUGUGGCCACUGCCCAAAACCUGACUUAUUUGAACUACAACUGGUGAG